AUGUGUCGCAUUCAGCUCCACUGCCCGAGCACUUCCAAGACCCUUGACAACUUUGUCAUCGGCGCGUACCAGAAGCCAGAGCAAGUCCUACAAGGCGUGCGUCUGGCGUUGGACCUCAAGUUCGCAGCACUCUACACCACCGACGCGAAACCUAUCAGCGAUCCCAGCAAGACGCUGCAGGAUGACGAGCGUGUGCUUGUCGCUGCCAGCGCCACGGAAACCAUGUUGCCGGAUGCAGUGUAUGGCUAUGCUAUGUAUGCUGGUGAAGAAGGCGACGACGUUGACAUGGACGUCGAUGGGUAUGGAAUGGACUGGCAGGACCUCACGGACCGCGAGAAGGCUGCCCACAUACUCAGUCUGGUAGAGACCAAGCCUUCGACCCGAAACAAGCUCCGCAUAACGCGCGAGUGUGGUGCCGUACGAGAAGAUCUCGCGGCCAUCAACCAGCAAGAGCUUGACACUGCGGCCGCACCGACUACGGAUCACGAGGCACUUAUCCAGGAAAGAUGGGACAUCACUCUUGAUGCGUUCCUCAAGCAGAUCACCAAGUAUGCAACUACUCCAGCCACGAAGUCGCACAUGACUUUAUCGUCGUUAUCCCUUUCGACCAUCUCAGCUCUAUCAGUCAUAUCGUCCAUGACGCUUGGACAGGCACGCCUCGCCCGCGAAGUGCUGUGCGAGGCUAUCGCACUGCGUCUAGAGAAGAGCCAGGACGAGGCCAAAGAGCCUGUCCCUUGCGAGGAGGAUGUGAAGAACGCCGUGGAGAUGGUGUAUGAGCGGGCUGGUGUGGUGCCAGCGAAGUUGACGAAGGUCAAGGGUGGAAAGACCAAGGAGCGGAAGAGGGCCAAGGGAAAGGGCAAGAGUGCGGGUGGCAGUGCAGGUCUGUGA